AUGAAUUCAAGUAGAUUUGAGAUAAAUAAGUGGCUAACAUUUACGGCAUUUCUUGUUAUCGUAUUCUUGGCAACGCUUGCAGUUAGAGCAGAAGAGGAAGAAGAAAACUGUGGCAACGGUUGCCAUAGUGUCGACCCUGACCCCUCCCAAAUGUCAAGGUGUGUGCGUUACGCUUGCAGAAGGCGGGUCUUUCGUUAUUUCAUCAGGUUUGGUAAACGAGGCGAUGUCUACCCGGCGCAACCAGAACUUCAGUCGGCAUUUCCGAAUGAGGACAGCGGCUCGGAAACGCUGCUGUUACCGAAGAUUCACGAAAAGAGCACUCACAAACGUAAGCAGCUCAUAUCCCUGCCUGAGGUACCUCAACAUCGAUCCCAGGAAACAUCACAACGACAGCAGCAGCUUAACUACCGCCGCCAGCAGAAACUCUUGGAGAUGCUACUAAGGUUCGGCUGA